AUGACGUCAUCAAGCGUCGCCUUUGUUAUUGUUUUGUUGUUGGCCUGCAGGCGCAUCCUCCUCGCGGCAGGCGGCGCUCAUGCGCCAAACGCGUCUUUUCACGCAGCGCAACUCGAGAAGCAGCUCACCUCAGCAUCAGAUCAGCAGCACGCUGUACAGUCGAAACAGGAGAUAACACCCAGCAGAAACACGCGAUUCUGGUCGAGAUGCAGCGAUGAAGACUCGCUUCCGAACCGCAGCUUCAUCAAACCUCGUCUUCACCCGGAAAGAUGAGCUUUAUAAAAGAGGAGAGCGAAGAAAUGAGGAUUCCCGAGCCGUGGAGAGUGAAAGACGAGCAGCCGGAGGAGCCAAGAGGAGUGUUCACCUCAGGCUCGACGGAAGUGAAAGAGGAGCGUGAAGAGCUGGACGAGGAUCCUCGGCGUCUCCUCAGCGGUCAGAAGAUCUUGAGCUGCUCAGAGUCGGGGAAGAGCUUGUCUCAGAAGAGAGCUCAGAGAACCGCAGGCUUUUUCUUCACCUGCCUCGAGUGCAAAAAGAGCUUCGAGUCCAAAGAGCACCUGAUGGAGCACUUCAGGAUUCACUCCGGAGAAAGCUGCACGGAGACCGAAACCAGUCUGAUGCUGAAAGCGGCUCCGAGAGCGGAUUGCAAGCUGCCCUUCACCUGCUUUCAGUGCCAGAAGAGUUUCGCGUGUAAAGAGCACCUGAUGGAGCACUACAGGAUUCACACCGUGGACCGACCGUUCCCCUGCGAUCAGUGCGACAAGAGCUUCAUUCACAAGCAGAGCCUGAAGAAUCACCUGAGAGUUCACACCGGCUUGAGGCCGCACGUCUGCCAUCUGUGUGGCAAGAGCUACAUCCACAAAGACAACCUCACCGAUCACAUCCGGAUCCACACCGGAGAGAAGCCCUUCGCGUGUGAUCAGUGCGGAAAGAGCUUCACACACAAAGGAAGCCUCCUGCAUCACAUGAAGAUCCACACCGGACUCAAGCCCUUCACCUGCCGCCAGUGCGGACGCCACUUCACACACAAAGGAAACCUGAAGAUUCACAUACGCAUUCACUCCGGAGAAAGACCCUUCACCUGCCCUCAGUGCGGCAAGAGCUUCAUUUAUCACGGAAACCUGGUGGGUCACCUGAAGAAGCACUCGGGAGAGAAGUUAUACCACUGCACUCAGUGCGGGAAGAGCUUCGUCGAGGCUCGGCAUCUGCAGAAACACGUGAAAACACACACCACUGAGCGGCCCUUCGUGUGCUCGCAGUGCGGACGCGACUUCUUAAGCCACCACAGCUUCAAAGAGCACCAGAGGAUCCACACCGGAGAGAAGCCGCACGUGUGCUUGGACUGCGGGAAGGCCUUCACCAGACUCAUGUACCUGAAGCGGCACCAGAGGAUCCACACCGGAGAGAAACCCUACGAGUGCCCGCUGUGUGGGAAGAGCUUCGGACGACUGAGUACACUACUGACUCAUAAGAAGAAGCACUGUCCCAAGCUGACAGACGAGAAGCUGCUGUGAACGUCACGGUUCCUGCAGGGAGGCUUUUAUAAACGUGACCCUGGAGCACAAAACCAGCUUUAAAUGUCAGUUUUUAGAAAUCUCUCCAUUGAUGUGUGGUUUGUUAGGAGGACAAUAUUUGUCUGAGAUGCAACUAUUUGAAAAUCUGGAAUCUGAGGGAGCAAAAAAAUCUAAAUAU